AAGAGGUUUUAUUCUGUCCAGGCUGCGGCCCAAGUUAAAGGCUCUGCGGCCCCCCGCGUGCAGCUACCCCCUGAGGAACUCGAGAUUACAAAAUUAUCAAGCGGUUUGAUGAUUGCCUCUUUGGAAAACUAUUGUCCAGUUUCUAGCAUCGGCCUCUUCAUUAAAGCAGGCAGUAGAUAUGAGAGUUCCAGCAACUUGGGAACGUCGCAUCUGCUCCGUCUUGCAACCAGCCUGACCACAAAGGGAGCUUCUUCUUUCAAGAUUGUCACGGGCAUCGAUAGCGUUGCUGCUAAUCUCAGUGUGACUGCUACCCGGGAGAACAUGGUUUAUUCCGUGGAAUGUUUGCGUGAUUACAUUGACACUGUGCUGGAAUAUUUAAUAAAUGUCACUACUGCUCCGGAAUUCAGGCCGUGGGAAGUAUCGGAACUCACUACCCGUUUAAAAAUGGACAAGGAAAUUGCCUUUCACAUCCCCCAGGCCUGUGUCCUGGAGAAUUUGCACGCCGCAGCUUACCGAAAUGCCCUGGCUAAUUCUUUGUACUGUCCAGAUUUCAGGAUUGGCAAAAUUACAUCAGAACAGUUGCACGAAUAUGUCCAGAACAACUUCACAAGUGGACGCAUGGCCUUAGUGGGACUCGGUGUCAGCCACGCCGAUCUGAAGCAGGUUGGGGAACAGUUCCUUAAUAUUCGCAGUGGAGCUGGCCUGGCUGGGGAAAAAGCCAAAUAUCGCGGAGGUGAAAUGCGAGAACAACACGGGGAGAACCUCGUCCAUUCGGUUGUAGUAGCAGAAGGAGCAGCUGUUGGAAGCCCGGAAGUGAAUGCGUUUAGCGUCCUUCAAAAUAUCCUUGGAGCAGCACCUCUCAUUAAGAGAGGAAGCAGGAUUACCAGCAGACUUGUCCAGGAGGUCACAAAGGCAACUUCCCUACCCUUUGAUGUAACAGCAUUCAAUGCGAAUUACUCUGAUUCUGGACUUUUUGGCAUAUACACCAUCGCUCAAGCUUCAGUCACCAGGGAGGUAAUCAAAGCUGCUUUGAAUCAAGUGAAGGCAGUUUCCGAGGGCGGAGUUACUGAGGAAGAAGUGAAAAGAGCCAAGCAGCAAAUGAAGGCGGCUUUUUUUAUGUCCGUGGAGUCUUCCGAAGGUUUGCUGAAUGAAAUUGGUAGCCAGGCGUUAGCAUUGGGGACAUAUACUUCUCCGGCCCACGUGGUUGAACAGAUCGACUCUGUGACCACUGCUGACGUCGUGAAUGCGGCCAAGAAGUUUGUCAGUGGGAAGAAGUCGAUGACCGCUCGGGGAAAUCUUUCCAAUACUCCUUUUGUUGACGAGUUGUAAGAAAGCAAAGACAAAGGGUACGGCUGCAAGGCGAACCCCAAAGCAAACGGAUUUGAGUUUGUGCUUUGGCUUAACCGAUUUCCAUGUCCAUUUACGUAACGUCAAAUAAAGUGCAGAACUCGUACAACAAGGGAAUGGCCGGCAUGUUUGUCUUCGAAAACUAAAUCGCAGAAGUUGACACCGUUGGUUGGGCAACUUGGGUUGUAAGGCUUGUAAAGAAAUAAAUAAACUUAAGAAAGUGAGUUCUAGCAA